UAUUCAUCCAUUAAAAUUCCUUCAAUUCAAUUUUUAUUAAAUUCUUUCAACCCAAACAAAACCUAAACUACCCCCUAGCUAUACAUAUCAUUCAUGAUGGAACCGUAUAUGGCUACUCAUAAACUAACAAACAGAUCAAAAACUGAAGAAUUUGAUCGUAGCGUCGGAAACGGCCCCAUCUUCCUCCCCGGCCGUGUUUUCGAGUGCAAGACGUGUAACCGGCGGUUCCCCUCGUUCCAAGCGCUCGGUGGCCACCGGGCGAGCCACAAGCGUUUUCGGACGGAGACGGCGGCAGGAAGCGAUGGGACGAUCCUAUUUAUGCCGCCGUCUUCAUCUGCCCCGGAACAACCCAAUAAGACCCACGAGUGCUCCAUAUGUGGUUUAGAGUUUUCCAUCGGACAGGCUCUAGGAGGGCACAUGAGAAGGCACAGAGCAGCGGUCGUUGCGGCCAACGAAACCCUCCGUUGUGGCGGCGGCAGCGGUGGUAGUUCUCUUCAUCUUUCUUUUCCGGCCGGCAACGCUGCCCUCGUCAAGAAGCCGUCCAUUGGACAAAGGGUUUUGUGCUUGGAUUUGAAUUUGACGCCAUUGGAAAAUCACCAGCAGUUCAUCAUCAAGUAUGGGAAGGUGGUUUGAUUAAAUUAAUUUGAUGAUUACUUAAUUGUUUCUUGUGUUAAUUUUAAUAAUGAAUAUACCGAGUAGGAAUGUACAUGUAUACACGGAUAUACGUAUUAACUACACCCUUUGUUAUUAAUUUAUUUAUUAACUACACCGUUCGUUGUUGUUAAUUUAAAUUGUGAUCUAUUGAACUAGAUCGAGUAAAUUGUGUGGAUGGACAUCUUUGAGGGAACAUUAAUAUUAGUCCUUUGAGGUUAGAUAAGAA